AUGGGUGAAUCCAGGCAAGAGCUGUUGGCAUGGCUGAACAACCUGCUGCAGCUGAACGUUACCAAGGUCGAGCAAUGCGGUACCGGGGCUGCCCUAUGCCAGGUUUUUGAUUCUAUAUACAUGGAUGUGCCCAUGUCGAGGGUCAAGUUCAAUGUCAAUACUGAAUACGCCUACCUCCAGAACUUCAAGAUCCUGCAAAACGUCUUCACACGGCACCAAAUAGACCGCCCCGUCCCUGUUGAAAACCUCAUCAAAUGCCGAAUGCAAGAUAACCUUGAAUUCCUCCAAUGGACUAAGAAACACUGGGACCAAUACUACCCGGGUGGUGAUUAUGACGCCCUAGCCAGACGAAAGGCUGCAGGGGCUCCUGCCUCCAAUUCCACCCGUGGACCAGGCACUACAUCCGCCACAGGCGCACGUCGAGGUGGCACGACCCCUGUGAACUCGGCAGGCGGCCGUCCACGCCUCGCCGGCGGCGCUGGUAGCGCCAACUCAGCCGCGCUAAUGUCGGAGAUAAAUGCGCAAAAGGAAGCCAUUGCGGGUCUGGAGAAAGAGCGCGAUUUCUACUUUGCGAAAUUGCGGGAUAUCGAACUGUUGCUGCAGCAGGCUGUCGAGGCGGACCCUGAAUUGGAUAAAGAUGAUGAUUCACUCGUGAAACAUAUUCAAGCUAUCCUCUAUUCGACUGAGGAGGGUUUCGAAAUUCCGCCCGAAGCCGAAGGGGCUGCGGCAAGCGAGGAAUUAGAGACGUUUUAA